ACUCGAUGUCAACAUCGGGACCGAAGUGUUCAAUCUGAUUCCGGGGGGUCGGCCAUCUGCUGUAACCACAGCCAGAGCCACGUCAUAUUUGUGUGCCGCUGUCGAACGAGCUGCGAGCUGGCUCUUUAUCUUCUCCCGCGGGUUUUUUUUACGUAAAGUCAUAUCCCCGCGACCGCAGACAUGAAUAUAUUCCGAUUGCUGGGCGAUUUAUCGCAUCUUUUAGCCAUUAUCAUACUACUCGUAAAGAUAUGGAAGACACGGAGCUGCGCCGGUAUCAGUGGCAAAUCACAGAUCCUCUUCGCGAUUGUUUAUACUACCCGUUAUCUAGAUCUGUUCACCACAUUUAUCUCGGCAUACAACACAUUCAUGAAAAUCGUGUUCAUUGCCGCAUCUCUCGCCACGGUCUUUUUGAUGUAUAUUAAGUUCAAAGCUACGUACGAUCAUAAUCAUGACACGUUCAGGAUCGAGUUCUUGAUUUUACCAGCAUUUAUACUAGCAUUGCUGAUCAAUCACGAACUGUCCUUCAUCGAGGUCUUGUGGACAUUCAGCAUUUAUCUAGAGUCAGUGGCAAUAUUACCACAGUUGUUUCUGGUAUCGAAAACGGGCGAGGCAGAAAGCAUUACCAGCCAUUAUUUGUUCGCAUUGGGAUCAUACAGAGGCCUGUACCUGUUUAAUUGGGUCUACCGCUACUAUGCUGAAGAUCAUUACGACUUGAUCGCUAUAGUUGCUGGAUUGGUGCAGACAGUUCUCUAUUGUGACUUUUUCUACCUCUAUAUUACCAAAGUACUCAAAGGCAAGAAGUUACAACUACCUGCUUAGCUUCAGUU